AUGCCCUUUGGCGGUUCAGGUGCUGCUAACAACCCAAACAAUGGGUACGUCGUACCGCAACCCCCAGACGACACAGUGUCUCGCCUACGCUUCUCCCCUGCAAGCACCGGCGACAUCUACCUCAUCGCCUCAUCCUGGAACGGCUCGGUGCGCUGCUGGAAAGUGAACCCAAAUCAAGGCUUGGCGGUCGCUGUGUCCAUGACCGAGCAAGGGGCCCCUGUUCUUGACUGCGCGUGGGCAGCGGACGGGUCCACUGUUUACUGCGGGGGCGCGAGCAAGAUCGUCAAUAGUUGGGACUUGGCCACGGGCGCUACUACCAUUGUCGCCGCUCACGACGAGCCCGUGACUCAAGUUUGCGACGUGGAGGAGAAGAAAUUGCUUGCCACCACUUCUUGGGAUAAGACGCUGCGCUAUUGGGACGUCCGCGCACCGACUGGAUCGCCGGUGGGCUCUGUGCCUCUCGCUGACCGUGCUUACGCCAUGGAUGUCAAAGAGCCGACUGUUGUUGUCGGUCUGGCGGAUCGGAAGCUUGUGGUCUUUGACGUACGAAAGCCGGCGACUCCGUUCAAGGAGAAGUACACCUUGCACAAAUAUCAGACGCGCUGUGUAUCGAUAUGGCCGGAUAGGAUGGGAUACCUUGUCGGCAGCGUUGAUGGACGAGUUAGUGUGGAUUACGUUCAGGAGCUGGAGCCAGGGGCAAGCACAUCGUUCUCAUGUCAUCGAGAUAAGGCAAAUCGUGUUGGCUAUGCGAUCCACGCUAUUCGUUUCCACAAGCCCUCCGGGAUGUUUGCAACUGCGGCGAGCGAUGGUCGGUUUUCAUUUUGGGACAAGGAUAGGAAGGAACGAGCGAGGACGAGGCGGUUCGAGAAGAUGAACGGCCCAGUUACCGAUAUUGACUUCGCUGCGGACGGCAAGACGUAUGCGUACGCGGUAGGGUACGAUUGGACCAAGGGAGCGUCAGGGAAUGUGACAAGCCCAGACCAGACUUACAUCAUACUCGAUAGACUUGGAGAUGGGGAGCUCGACUCGAAACCAAGCGGUGGACGUGGUCGUGGGAGAGGGAGAAGAAGAGGGGGCGGUUCACGCAGGUAA